ACUGGUGCCAGCAGUGAAGCGGCCAGUAGGAGAGCUGGUGUACGACGCCCAACGGCUAACGUCCACCCCAAUCCAAUUAGCCCCCCCUCUGCUCCGCGGCGCCUCGAAUGGAAGCGCUCGCUGUAGGAUCCGCUCCUCCCCGGCCGGGCCUCGCUGCCCCGACCCGCUACCCCCACCUCCGCCGCCCGAGAACCCUCGCCGCCGCGCGCCGCCCCCUCGCCGCGGCCCCCAUGGAAGCCGCCGGAGGCGGUCGCCCGAGCCCCGCCCCGGCCCGCUGCGCCAGCGCCGAGACGGAGUCGGAGGUGGAUGAGGCCGCGACGAGCUCGCACGCCGCGGAGGCCGAGGCGGCGGGCGCCACGGAGCAAGCGGACAACGGGAGCCCCGUGGCGGAUGCCGCCGCUGCCGGGGCCUCCAUCGAGGGCGUCGACGGGAUAAGGAUCCGGCGGCGGCCCGUGACGGGGCCUGCGGUGCACUACGUCGGCCCGUUCCAGUUCCGCCUCGAGAACGAGGGGAACACGCCGCGGAACAUCCUCGAGAAGAUCGUCUGGGACAAGGACGUCGAGGUUUCGCAGAUGAAGGAGAGGAGGCCCCUGUACAUGCUGAAGGGGGCGCUGGAGGCUGCUCCUCCGGCGAGGGACUUCGUUGGGGCGCUCAAGGCGUCGUAUGAUCGGACUGGCUUGCCUGCUCUGAUUGCGGAGGUCAAGAAGGCUUCACCGAGCCGUGGUGUUCUCAGGGAGGAUUUUGAUCCGGUUCAGAUCGCUCAGGCAUAUGAGAAAAACGGAGCAGCAUGUCUAAGUGUUCUUACAGAUAAAAAAUAUUUUCAGGGAAGUUUUAACAACUUGGAGGCUAUACGCAAUGCUGGAGUCCAGUGCCCUCUUCUGUGCAAAGAGUUCAUUGUUGAUGCUUGGCAACUUUACUAUGCACGGUCCAAGGGUGCAGAUGCUGUUCUUAUAAUUGCUGCUGUAUUACCUGACCGUGAUAUCAAGUACAUGUUGAAAAUUUGCAAAAUACUAGGGAUGGCUGCUUUAGUUGAGGUUCAUGAUGAAAGGGAAAUGGACCGUGUUUUAGGAAUCGAUGGUGUACAGCUCAUUGGCAUCAAUAACCGCAAUCUUGAGACAUUUGAAGUUGAUAUUUCAAACACAAAAAAACUUCUGGAAGGUGAACGAGGACGGCUGAUAGCUCAGAAGGAUGUAAUUGUUGUAGGAGAAUCUGGGCUGGUCACCCCUGAGCAUAUUUCGUUCGUCCAAAACGCUGGGGUCAAAGCGGUUCUCGUCGGGGAGUCCCUCAUCAAGCAGGAGGAUCCAGGGAAAGCAAUCGCUGGGCUUUUCGGCAAAGAUAUUUCGCACGCGGGUGCUUCCUGAAGAUGCAGAAGGGCCGGUCGAGAUAAGCGAGAAACGCAAUGCUGGAUUGCAUCAUUUUGUAUAGCUUGGGGAAAGAUGACUCCUUUCGGAGAGUUUUUGGUCAGUCUUUUGGUUUACCUGACCUGAUCAGUGAUUUUUCCAUACUGCAGUCUUUUUUUGACCGAACCUUCGCAGACAGAUAAAUACAAGAUUAAAGUGCACAAGGUAUAUUUGAAUGAUC